AUAUUGCUUGGCAAUCUCUUGUUAUUACUGUUUUCUUUGUCUAAAGCCGUUGAUCUAUGAGCGCUGGCUCAUGUCCGCAGACGACUGGAACAAAAUAGACGUCACCGCAAGGGUGAACAGGGCCAAAACGGAGCUUGGGUACUGGGAGAGGACUCUGACCGGAAGGAGGUACCUUGUCGGCGACAAGUUCACUAUGGCUGACGUCUGCUGCUUCCCGUUCGUUGCUUUCAUAGUGAGGCUGGGAGCCAAACUGGACGAGUUUCCGGCGCUACGCGGUUACUACGAGUUCUUAGUUAAUCGACCGUCGGCUCAGCAAACAUGGCCCCCGCAUUGGAAGGAGGGACCGUGCGGUGAUACGCAUUUUAUGGAGGGAUUAUAAACUGAUGGAUUUAAUCGUUGCGUUCGUUGAAUAGUGUAUACAUGUUUCUGCUGUUAACAAUAUGUUUGUCUGUGAUUAUUGAUAAACUACCGAACAAUUAAUUUAAGCGAACCAAAGCAAUAAACUCACGAAAAUGCUGUUUCCAAGAAAACAAUUAUGAAGUAGAAAUGACAUGUCAAAACAAUAACAACAACAUGAAACGUACGGUGUAAUUUUCCUGGAAUUUUCCAUAUUUUCUUACAUGUUAUUGUAAAUUUUAAAUCAUUCUGAAUCAUCAUUAUGUAAUAAAAAUAAUAAUUACUA